UGGAACAUUACAGAGUAAGAAUCGGAACAAUUGAGUGUUUGGUAAUUGGACACUAGGAUCAAGGAAUCCCAUAUCUGUAACAAUUUCAAUGCAUUUGCGAAGUCACAUUGUAACUGUAAGUACUGUCUGAGAUCGUUGCGUCCGUUUCUUCGUUUAUAUCAGGCCCUAUUCUCCGAUGAGAUUAUUUUUUUUGUUGCGUGUAUGAGGUCUGUCGGGAGAUUAAAACAUAAGAGAAAUGCAGGGAUUUGUGAGGCUACAUUUGCACUGAUGAACCGCUCUUGUUCUACUACGCUUUACUCGUUCGUUUAUGGAACCAUGGAGUGAAAUAUCGCUUUAGAAAGCGCGAGGAACAAGACGAAUUCUAUUCCGAGACCUCUGGAUCUAAACCCGCCACACCGACUGCUUUAAAUCCCAGCCGGCGUGUUAACGACUUUUACAUCUCAGACGUGGGAUACCUUUUCUGUGUUGGCCAAGGCAGGGAACCUCACGAACCCCUGCCGCUACUCUCGCAGGGUAAAGAGCAAAUAAAAAGGCUUCGGGCACCUCUAACCGGGCGCAGUUUAGCAUUUGAAUACAGCUUGGCUGUAUGAGGGAGGGAGCGAGAGGGGCAGAGUGCGUAGGAUAUUUGAUUUGUUUUUACUUGGUCGAGGGAGUGAAAUGGUAAAACUAGCUAGAAGGGGGAGAAAACGCAUUUAAAAUCGCCCACAUGCUCUGGAUCAAUCGCUGGAUUGGGGCACGGAAUACGAAGAACUGGGAAGACACGAGUUUGAAAUCUUUGCGGGCUGGAAGAUGGCAGAGGGGUGCAGUUGGAAGUGGUGAGAGCCUAACUUCUGGCCACUUCGAAUUUAUUUGUAAACAACUUGCCCCUAUUCGUAGGACACAUGCAGGCCAAAAAACGAUAUUUAAUCCUGCUCUCUGCCGGUACAUGUCUAGUUCUACUGUUCUACUUUGGAGGUGUACAACUUCCAUCUUCGGGCAGGAACCGGCAUGACCGUAGCCACAAUGGAUAUCGCCCCGACCAGCCGUGGCCACACUUCUCGGACCCUUUACAACAAUUCCUACUCUGGGAUCAACCGGACACCGAGGAAUACAACAUUCACAUAUCGCCAAGGCAAAAGAGGGACGUUAACACAAGUGUGUACAAAGGCAAAAGAUGUCGCAUGGAUUCGUGCUUUGAUUUCUCAGCAUGCAAAAGGAACGAUUUCAAAGUGUAUGUCUACCCCCAGCAGAAAGGGGAGAAAAUCUCUGAAAGUUACCAGAAUAUUUUGUCGAUUGUUGAGGGAUCCAGGUUCUACACCACUGACCCGGGUCAAGCUUGUCUAUUCAUCCUGAGCUUGGACACCCUGGACCGGGACUCGCUGUCUCCGCAGUACGUGCACAAUCUCAAAACCAAGGUCCAGAACCUUCAUCUCUGGAACAACGGCAGAAACCACCUCAUAUUUAACUUGUACUCUGGGACAUGGCCGGACUACACGGAAGACCUAGGUUUCGACAUAGGCCAGGCCAUGUUGGCCAAGGCCAGCAUCAGUACCGAGAUCUUCAGGCCCAACUUUGACGUGUCCAUUCCGCUGUUCUCCAAGGAGCACCCUAGGACCGGAGGGGACAGGGGGUACCUAAAGUACAACUCCAUCCCACCUUUCAGGAAAUACAUGCUCGUGUUUAAGGGGAAGCGAUACCUUACAGGGAUAGGGUCAGACACGAGGAAUGCCUUAUAUCAUGUCCAUAACCAGGAGGACGUGGUGCUCCUCACCACCUGCAAACACGGCAAGGAUUGGCAGAAACACAAGGACGCACGCUGUGAAAAGGACAACGCAGAAUAUGACAAAUACGACUACAGAGAGAUGCUACACAACUCCACUUUCUGCCUGGUGCCCCGGGGCAGACGCCUGGGAUCCUUUCGCUUCCUGGAGGCGCUGCAAGCAGCCUGUGUGCCUGUGAUGCUGAGUAACGGCUGGGAGCUGCCCUUCUCUGAGAUCAUCAACUGGAACACUGCGGCCGUCAUCGGGGACGAGAGGCUCCUGCUGCAGAUCCCAUCCACGGUGCGCUCCAUCCAUCAGGAUAAGAUCCUAGCUCUGAGGCAGCAGACCCAGUUCCUUUGGGAGGCCUACUUCUCCUCUGUGGAGAAGAUUGUGUUGACCACUCUGGAGAUCAUCCAGGACCGGGUGCUGCAGCAGGAGUCCAGGAGCACCUUGAUGUGGAACAGCCAUCCCGGGGGGCUCUUUGCCCUGCCACAGUACUCUGCCCACCUGGGAGACUUCCCCUUCUACUACGCCACCCUAGGUAUAAAACCGUACCCCAAGUUCACAGCAGUCAUCCAUGCAGUCACCCCCCUGGUCUCCCAAUCCCAGCCCAUCCUCAAGCUGCUGGUGUCUGUUGCCAAAUCACAGUACUGUGCACAGAUCAUUGUGCUGUGGAACUGUGACAAGCCUCUCCCUGCUAAGCACCGCUGGCCUGCCACCUCCGUGCCCGUCAUUGUCAUCGAGGGAGAAAACAAGGUGAUGAGCAGUCGCUUCCUGCCCUACGAGACCAUUGUCACCGACGCUGUGCUCAGUCUGGAUGAGGAUACGGUGCUCUCGACCACAGAGGUGGACUUUGCCUUCACGGUGUGGCAGAGCUUUCCAGAGAGGUUGGUGGGCUACCCGGCCCGGAGCCACUUCUGGGACAGUAACAAGGAGCGCUGGGGCUACACUUCCAAGUGGACCAACGACUACUCCAUGGUGCUGACCGGAGCUGCCAUCUACCACAGAUAUUACCACUUCCUUUACACAAACUUCCUGCCUGCCAGCCUGAAGGGCAUGGUGGACCAGCUGGCCAACUGUGAGGACAUCCUCAUGAACUUCCUGGUGUCCGCAGUCACCAAGCUGCCGCCCAUCAAGGUCACCCAGAAGAAGCAGUACAAAGAGACCAUGAUGGGACAGUCGUCGCGGGCUUCGCGCUGGGCCGACCCGGACCACUUCGCCCAGCGGCAGACGUGCAUGAACAAGUUCGCCAGCUGGUUUGGCGGCAUGCCCCUGGUCCACUCCCAAAUGAGGCUGGACCCAGUGCUGUUCAAGGACCAGGUCUCCAUCCUGCGCAAGAAAUACAGGGACAUCGAGAGGCUCUGACAGGAUGUGCACCCCCUGCCAGAGAGGCCGGGGGAGGCGGUAGCCGAAGGAGGACCACGACAGUGGCAGUAGGACAGUCAGCCACCUGGAGCCCAAUCUAAGGCGGCGCUACAGCUCUGUCUUCCACUCAGCACAUUGCCAAUGACUACAGCAGCGCCAGGACUUGACGAGCGAAAUGGUGUCUGGAGAACUAUGCGUAAACACACACAGAAUAUACAGAUCUGUAGUACGUUCACAUAAACACACACAGACACUACUGACGAGACUCUUGGAUAGAAUAUUUUUUUUGUAUGAAUGCCACGAAGGAGCGAAUUACGACAGACUUUCCUGCGACUCUCUGCACAUGUGCAGGAUGGUAGAGGAAGGGAGGUGUCCAACAUGGCAACCCAACCUCAGAUCAGAUCCGCCCCGGGCUGGUAACCUAGAGUCAAUGCAACCCCACCUUGACUCCUUCAUGACCUCCCUAUGUCUGCAUCAGGACCACUGAGACACCACCAGCCCCUGCUCUGGACCCUAGGAAACCAUGUCUCUCCAUUACUUUCCUAACCAUACUUCCCUCCCAUAUGUACACUGGUUUGAAGCCUUGGGGUCUUAUCUUCCUAAGAACUGUCCCCUGAUUAAAUUAAAUUCAACAUUUGGUAGUAAAGGUCGAGAAAAGUUGAGUCCAAGCUUUCCCCCCCCUUAUAUUUUUGUUAUUCUUUUACUGGAAGGGUGGUUUAAAAUCUACCAUUUUCAAAUGGUGCCACUCAUAUUGCCAUGAGGCAGUCGCAAAACCCACAGGAACACCCACUCUAUGCUCAGUCUUUGAUUUUCUGAUAGUUAGAUUUUUAUUUCUGUCUGUUUCUCCGAUUUAUCCCAACGAUAAGCCAGAAGCAUGUCACAUUUUAAAUGUACCCUUUCCCUUCAAAACUCUCAACUCUCAAAAGCAGUUUCACUUUUCUCCUCGUCUUUCCCCUCGGAAGCUCCGUACCAGUGUGUGUACAGAGGUUGAAUGUAGGCUCAUCCCCACCAUAAGCCCAAGCAGAGCACUUUCCCUCUGUCGGAAUGAGCAACAUGAACAUUCCUGGAUGAAAUGGAGCAGAACACUGCCCUCUAAACCAAACCCUUUUCACCCAUUUUUUUAUUUCCCCUUUAUUGUUUGAGCAAUCCCGUGGCAGGAGUGCAUGCUAAAUUUAGACCCUGCUUCAUUUCCACAGGGGUGUUACAGAUUUCAGUGACUCGUCUGUUGUGCCAUGUCCCCGAAAUUCACAUUAGGGCUGCCUUUUUAAAAUUGCUUAUUGCACAUAUUUUCCGUAAAUCGAUAUCGAAAGCAGGAGAACAUGCUAUCUGGUCGAAAUGCCCUCUGUAAUAUUCGUUGUUCUUCCUAGAUGCCCUCAUCAUAACGAUGUUGGCGAAAUACAAGCCUCAAAGCCAUUCGAUAGACAUAGGCAAUUUUCAGACAACAUUUGUCAGAGGACAUAUGUUUUGUGUUUAAUGAGAGAAAGACGUUUCAUUUGAAGUGUUGGUUUCCCUGGGGAGCAGCCCAUGCUGAAACCGUCUGUCUCUAUAUUUCCCAUCAUGUCUGACUCUGCUCUGGAUGCGGUGACCCACAACCAUGACCCUUUUGGCUCUAGGCGUACAGUGAAAAGACAACCAGCUCCCCCUUCACCUAGCCUUGUCAUUGUAACGUUCUUCAUUACCCUCUUUGGUCAUCAUUUCUGUUGCUCCUAGUUUUCCUGUGAUGCUGGUGUGCUCACAAUAGACUCAUCCCAGCUCAACUACAUUUUGUCUGACACGUUGUUUUGUAUUGUGGUCCGAUAUGAAAAACCUCCAUACUUCCUUUUAAUUGAUCAAUUUCAAGGAAAUAGCUUUGAGAUGUGGUAGCUCGUGGCUUUAUAGUGAAAUCCUAUUGUGAACAGGCUUUAGUCUUUGUACCACACAAAGAGCCCUGCUAGUUCACUCGAACAGGUACUUGAAUGUCUGAAGACUUGAAGGAGCGUAAGUGUGCUUGAGUGGCCUUUUUUUAUUGUGAAGGUGACUGAAGGUGUCCAUUGAAAGUGCAUUUUUGUUCAGAACUAGGCUGCAUCUGGCUCCCGAGAAACCGGCCCAUAGUGUAUCAGCUGUGAGCCAAAGCUCAACUAUCCAUUUUUUUCUCUAUCCCCUUCGUCGUAUCUGCGCCAUUUCUUAUUGAGGGCGUUGUAGACUCUUUUUUUACAUUUUGAUGUUUUCAUCUUCCAUAUCAGGAAACAAUCAAUGGAGGUCAGUGUCCACUAGGUGUAUACAUGGCCAAUGAGUUGAUAUUGUGUCAUUGGUGGGCCUGGCCCAUCUACUCUUGUCAUUUUCACAAUGUCAAAUGUGAUAUUAUCAGCAUAACACUUCAUACUACAGUACAGUUAGAUUUAGUACAGUUUCAAAGCUGGUACAUUGUCAAUAUAUUGUUUGUUUUUUUCACAAAAUGUUUGCAUUUCAUGUUUAUUUUCUUUCUGGCAAUGUACUCGGGAGAAGUUUUGGAAUGACCUUGUAUGACUUGAUAUUGGCCAAGAGAGAUUUACGUUGUAUUUUGAUGUUGACUUACAGCAAGCCUUGGAUCUCUUGGCACUAGACAUGCAUCUCAUUGAUUCUGAAAAACGUUGGCCUGCAUCUGGUCCCCUUUUUUGAAGUUCAGUCAACCAUCUUUGUAUCAAGCCUUUUUCUAUCUAGAAUUGUCUGAACGAACUUGUUAUAUCUCAAGAGCGAAAGUCCCCAGCCUUGCACAUUGACUUCACGGGCGAAACCAGAGACAUUAACAUUUCUGUACAUAAACAUGUAUAUUUAUUUUCAUAUGUGAGAAAAACCAGACUGUGUAUAGUAUGAAAUGACAGGGGAAAAUAACAGGAUUUCAUGGCUGAAGGAAUAGUUGAUGAGCAAAAAAAGAAAUCUGAUUUUGUAAGUUAUAUACAUUUCUUUAACCCUUGUGCUUUGCUGGGCGGAAAAAAAUUAGUCCAUUGUGGUAUGGGUCAGAUUGACCCGCACAGUGUAAACACACUCGACAGUCAAAGAAUCAAGUAAAAACAGACAAAAUGUUUGUCUUGUCAGACCUUUCAUAAAGAAGAAAUACAAGAACAUUUGAUUUCAAAAACUCUACAUUGAACUAUUUGUUAAAUAUAUUUGUCACAAACCAGCAUUUUCUGUUUCCCCAAGAAGGCUUUUUUUUCCUUCUUUUUUUCCCCCAGUAACACUUAGGUGUGAUUUGACCCUAUUGAAUUAUCCCACAUGUUGAACACAAUGCACGUGUGUGCUUUCUGCAGAUGUACAGUUGAAGUCGGAAGUUUACAUACACCUCAGCCAAAUACAUUUAAACUCAGUUUUAAACUAUUCCUGACAUUUAAUCCUCGUAAAAUGUCCCUAUCUUAGGUCAG